CGGCGCCGUGCUACUACUACCUCUCCCCCGGCUCACGCGCACCGACCACCGCCUCCGAUCCGUAUAUUAACAAGACCCCUCUCGCCCAUUCCUUCCCAUCAACAGAGGCCGGCCGUUCGCUACUUCCCGUUGCUCCCACCUCCGCUCCCUCAGGAUUUCGGAAGCAAUAAUACAGAGGACAUGGCGACACCAUACAAACCAAAGAACAUCCUUAUCACGGGAGCUGCUGGGUUCAUCGCCUCCCAUGUCGCGACCCGUAUUGCGAAGAACUAUCCUGAUUACAAGAUCGUCGUCCUCGACAAGCUUGACUACUGCUCUAACCUGAAGAACCUGCUGCCCGUGAGCUCGUCGCCAAACUUCAAGUUUGUCAAGGGAGAUAUUGCGAGUGCCGAUCUUGUCAACUUCAUCCUUGUCACAGAGAACAUUGACACUGUGAUGCACUUUGCUGCCCAGACACAUGUCGACAAUUCAUUUGGAAACUCUUUUGAGUUCACCAAGAACAACAUUUAUGGUACGCAUGUCCUUCUUGAGGCCUGCCGGCAGAUCACUGGCCAGAUCAAGAGGUUCAUCCAUGUCAGCACUGAUGAGGUCUACGGAGAGACAGAUGAGGAUGCAGUUGUUGGCAACCAUGAGGCGUCACAGCUGCUCCCGACAAACCCCUAUGCAGCCACCAAAGCUGGAGCAGAAAUGCUUGUUAUGGCCUAUGGGAGAUCCUAUGGUCUACCUGUCAUCACUACCCGGGGAAACAAUGUCUAUGGCCCUAACCAAUUCCCCGAGAAGCUCAUCCCAAAGUUCAUUCUCUUGGCCAUGAGAGGGGAGCCCCUCCCGAUCCAUGGCGACGGAUCCAAUGUCCGGAGCUACCUCUUCUGCGAGGAUGUCGCCGAGGCAUUCGAGGUCAUUCUUCACUGCGGGGAAGUCGGGCACGUUUACAACAUUGGGACAAAGAAGGAGAGGACGGUCAUGGACGUGGCCAAAGAUAUCUGCAAGAUUUUCAACCUGGAUGCUGAGAAAACCAUCAAGUUUGUUGACAACAGGCCAUUCAACGAUCAGAGGUACUUCCUGGACGACGAGAAGCUCAAGGGCCUUGGAUGGUCCGAGCGCACUCACUGGGAGGAGGGCCUGAGGAAGACGGUGGAGUGGUACGUGGCCAAUUCUGACUACUGGGGUGAUGUUUCUGGGGCACUGUUGCCGCAUCCGAAGGCCGGGAUGAUGCCAGGGAAUGAGGGUUCAGAGGAGAUUAAAGGAAUGCUCACACAGUUUAUAACUCAACAUCAGACAAAGGUUGUGUCUGCUCCAGCAUCAGAAUAUCCUGCUAAAACUGUGGAGAAUGGUGCAGGGUUGUACACCAAUGGAACCGUUCAUUAGAUGGGUGACCACCGGACCGGCCAGUGAUUUUCUCGUCUGCAUCCGCCACGGUCAAAUGGACGAUUUCAAUUUAUAUUGCUUAUGUUGAGUGGAGUACUUGUCCGUGGGGUUAAUAGCCUGCUCUAUCCAUGUCCCUUUCAUUAUUAAUGUUUGCAAAGUUGUAGGUAUUGUUCUUGUUAAUUUAUUUAAGCCUAGCUACCAAAUAUGCUCCGUGCGUUGUUACGGUGAAGAUAAUAUGUAUACACUAUCACACUAUAGCGGUAAAAGUGAUCUUACAAAGAUAUGAUAUACUAUACAUAUCUUUUUAUGCUACU